GCAGGAGUCCAGAUCUUACAUAAAAUGGAUGUUUCUCACACUAGAUACUGAACAUUAAGUAGAAAAUUUAUUUAGUAAAAUCUAAUCUACCAUGGAAGAAAUACCAAUAAAAGUUGCUGUUAGAAUUAGACCUCUGCUUUGCAAAGAAGUUCUUCAUAAUCAUCAAGUUUGUGUGAGAGUAAUUCCAAACACCACGCAAAUUAUCAUUGGGAAAGACAGAGUCUUUACUUUUGAUUUCGUUUUUGGCAAAAAUUCCACUCAAGAUGAAGUUUAUAAUACAUGUGUAAAGCCCCUCAUGUUGUCACUCAUUGAGGGAUAUAAUGCAACUGUUUUUGCCUAUGGACAAACUGGAUCUGGGAAGACGUACACCAUUGGAGGAGGCCAUGUUGCUUCAGUUGUGGAGGGUCAAAAGGGUAUCAUUCCUCGAGCCAUUCAAGAAAUAUUUCAAAACAUCUCUGAAAAUCCUAGCAUUGACUUUAGUAUCAAAGUGUCUUAUAUAGAAGUAUACAAGGAAGAUCUAAGAGAUCUUUUAGAAUUGGAGACAUCCAUGAAGGAUAUUCAUAUUCGAGAAGAUGAAAAAGGAAACACAGUGAUUUUUGGAGCCAAGGAAUGCCACGUGGAGAAUGCAGAUGAAGUGAUGAGUCUUCUGGAGAUGGGGAAUGCAGCGAGACAUACAGGUACCACCCAAAUGAAUGAGCACUCCAGUAGAUCACAUGCAAUUUUUACAAUCAGCAUUAGCCAAGUUAAGAAAAAUAUGGAGGCAGCUGAAGAUGGAUCAUGGUAUUCCCACUGCCAUAUCGUCUCAAAGUUCCACUUUGUGGAUUUGGCUGGAUCAGAAAGAGUAACCAAAACAGGGAAUACUGGUGAACGGUUCAAAGAGUCCAUUCAAAUCAACAGUGGGUUGCUGGCUUUAGGAAAUGUUAUAAGUGCUCUUGGGGACCCACGCCGGAAGAGUUCACAUAUUCCAUACAGGGAUGCUAAAAUCACCCGGCUUCUGAAAGAUUCCCUGGGAGGCAGUGCCAAGACUGUCAUGAUCACAUGUGUCAGCCCAUCCUCCUCAGAUUUUGAUGAGUCCUUAAAUUCUCUCAAAUAUGCCAACAGAGCACGGAACAUUAGAAACAAACCUACCGUAAACUUCAGCCCCGAGUCAGACCGUAUGGACGAAAUGGAAUUUGAAAUUAAGUUGCUUCGAGAAGUUUUGCAAAGCCAGCAGACUAGUAUCAGCCAGACUAGCCAGAUCCAUCGAGAGGGGACUCCUGAUAAAAAUAGGGUCCAUUAUCUUGAGGAACAAGUAGCUGAGCUACAAGGAGAAUGUCUGGGUUACCAAAAUUGUAUAGAAGAAGCCUUUAACUUCCUGGUGGACUUAAAAGGUGCUGUUGGACUAAACCAAAAUCAGCAAUACAAACUGCAAGAGUGGCUUAACGCGACCCGGGAGGUCAGGAAGCCUGUCCUUACCUCUUUCCGAGAAAACCAAGGAACUGGAGACCUGGAAGAAGGACCACAGCAUAUUACACUUCUCCAGCUGAAGAGGGAGCUUAAGAAAUGCCAGUGUGCUCUUGCUGCUGAUGAAGUCGUAUUUAGUCGGAAGGAACUGGAGGUGAAGGGCCUGAAGAAUCAAGUGCAAAUGAUGGUACAGGAAAAUGAAGGACAUGUCGUAUCUUUGGAAGAAGCACAAAAAGUGAAUAGAUUGCAGAAUGAAAAAAUAAUAGAACAACAACUUCUUUUGGAUCAGCUGAGUGAAGAACUAACAAAACUUAGCCUGUCAAUGACUUCUUCAGCUAAGGAAAAUUGUGGAGAUGGGCCAGAUAGCAAGAUCCCUGGAAAGAGACCAUAUACUGUACCAUUUGAUACUCACUUGGGACAUUAUAUUUAUAUCCCAUCAAGACAAGAUUCCAGGAAGGUGUACACGAGUCCUCCUGCGUGCUCUCCGGAUGCAAUACUCGCUGGCUUUCGAUCGCGGAGCCAGAUGCUGGUGAGGCGCUUAGAAGAGCAAGAUCAAGUCCUUCACCACCAGUUUUCUGAUGACAGUGAAGAUGAGGAAUCCGAGGGCCUAGAGAAGUCUGUAAUUAGAUGUGGAAGUCACUCAUGGGAAAAGCCAGACUCUGUUUGUUCUUCGGUCAGAUUGAAUGAUACUCAGGAUGAAACACAAAAGUCAAGGUUGGGGAAUGAAGAUUUAAAAAUUGAAUGUCUCCAGGGGAGUCAAGAGUUGAAUUUGCAAAAAUUAAAGAAUUCAGAAUGUGUACUUACUGAAGCUAAACAAAAAAUGAGAGCACUUACAAUUAACAUCAAGAUGAAGGAAGAUUUGAUCAAAGAAUUAAUAAAAACAGGUAACGAUGCCAAGUCUGUAAGCAAACGGUAUUCUCUGAAAGUAACAAAACUAGAGCAUGAAGCAGAACAGGCGAAAGUGGAACUAACUGAAACACAAAAGCAGCUACAGGACCUGGAAAACAAAGAUCUUUCUGAUCUUCCUAUGAAGGUAAAAUUACAGAAAGAGUUCCGUAAAAAGAUGGAUGCCGCAAAGCUGCGAGUCCAGGAAUUACAGUUAAAAACAGAACAGGAAGAAGGUCUAAAAUUGAAAACUGAGGACGUUGAUGCCUUUAACUUGAAAAGGAGAAAAGGUUCAUUUGGAAGUAUAAACCAACUCCAGAAAUUGGAUGAGCAAAAGAAAUGGUUAGAUGAAGAAGUGGAGAAAGUUCUGAACCAACGCCAAGAAUUAGAGGAGCUGGAGGAAGACUUAAAGAGAAGGGAGGCUGUAAUUUCUAAGAAGGAGGCCCUGUUACAGGAGAAGAGCCACCUGGAAAAUAAGAAGUUGAGAUCUAGCCAGGCAUUAAACACAGAUAGUUUGAAAAUAUCAACUCGCCUGAAAUUGUUGGACCAAGAGUUGUCUGAAAAGAGUGUGCAGCUGCAGAGCAGCCCAGCUGAGGAGAAAAUCAAGAUUUCAGAACAAGUUGAAGCCCUUCGGAAAGAAAAGGAUCAGCUCCAGAGACGAAGAAACAGUGUGGAUGAAAAACUUAAAAAUGGUAGCGUGUUGUCACCUGAAGAAGAACAUAUUCUUUUCCAACUUGAAGAAGGGAUUGAAGCUUUGGAAGCUGCAAUUGAAUACAAGAAUGAAAUUAUCCAGAGUCGCCAGAACUCACUUAGAGCAUCAUUCCAAAAACUCUCUCAUACUGAAGCAAAUGUCUUGGAAAAACUAGUUUGCCUGAGUCCUGUUGAGAUUAGAGCUAUUCUUUUCAGAUAUUUCAACAAGGUGGUUGAUUUGCGAGAAGCUGAACGGAAACAACGGUUACAGAAUGAAGAAAUUAAAAUGAAGGUUUUGGAACGGGAUCGUAUGGUUUGUGAGUUGGAAUCUGCACUGGAACAUCUGAAAUUGCAGUGUGACCGGAGACUGACCCUCCAGCAAAAAGAACACGAGCAAAAGAUGCAGUUGUUGUUACAUCAUUUCAAAGAGCAAGAUGGAGAAGGCAUUAUGGAAACUUUAAAAACAUAUGAAAAUAAAAUCCAGCGUCUGGAAAAAGACCUUUAUUUCUAUAAGAAAACCAGCAGGGAUCUUAAGAAGAGACUUAAGGAACUGGUAGGGGAAGCAAUUCGGCAGCAACUAGCACCAUCAGAACAUCGUGAUGCUGGAGAUGGAGUCGUGAACCCAGAAGAAGCUGGCAUGCUUUCGGAACUAAAAUGGGCAUCUAGAACUGAGAGUAUGAAAUUAAGUGGAAGAGAAAGAGAAAUAGACAGAUCAGCAAGCAGUUCAAGCAGGCAAGCAAAUCCUCAGCAGCUUUGGGAAGAUGGCUCAGAAUUACCUCCAAUCGGUAGCUCUGCAGCACCCCCCAGCGGGCUUCUGUUCAGCAAUGAGGAUAAAACAGAAAUAGAUGAAAAUCAGUUUACAAAAUCUCACAGUCAACCAUCAUCCCAAUUUCAGCCAGAGGGAAAUGUGGGACAACUUUAUGGUGUCACACCUGUAAAAUUGUGUCGCAAAGAAUUACGUCAAAUUUCUGCCUCGGAACUGUCAUUCCGACGUUCCAGUCGUGGAGUUGGGGUUGGAUCAAUGACUGCUGAUUCCAUUGAAGUAUCUAGGAAACUGAGUGACUUAAAAACUUAGGCGUUUAACAAUAGAACUUUUAAUUCAGCAGAUAUGUGAAAAGAGUCCUUUUCUCACCUGAUAAAAAUUAAAGCUGAAGCUCUCACUAGCUCUUCCCUCAGGAUAAAGGACAAACGGAAGGAAGGAAUCCCUAAUCUUUCUGUAUACUAUAAAUGUGUAUACCUUCCAUAGUAUAUUUGGGGAGUUUUAAUUUACAUUUCUGUAAUAACCAAACAAACACGUUUUCCAAUACUUGACAACAUUUAAAUAUUUCUACUUAUAAAUAUGCUUUAAAUUUUUUCUAGGCACAUUUGAAGAACAAAACUAAUAACAGACUAAAAUAUCCAUCAAAUGUAUAUUAUUAUAUAAUCUAAAAGUACAUUAUAAAAGUAUGUUAUAAUACAAUAAGUAUAUUACUGUUAUUUUCAAAUACAAGUAUGUUGUUAUUUUUAAAAGAUCCAGAUAAAUAUUGCUACUGACAGAGGGACAGUCACCUGCUGUACAUGUUUUGGCACAGCUAAAAAUUUGUGCCAAAAUGCAGCCUGUGGGCUAAGAUAACCUGGCAGGUUUAUGGAUUGAGAUUAAUUUAGUCGUCAGAGCCCAUGGAAGUUGAGUGGUCAGUCUUGACUUUUUAAACAUGGUCUCUGCUCUUUUUCUGGAAUUGUUUUUUAUUUAAGAUUUUAUGUCAUGAUUUGAUAAUAUUAUGGACUAUAAAUUUUCAUCUCUCCUG